AUGCGCGUCGGCUCGCCCGAGGACUGCUGUCGCGACCCUCCCGUCGUGACGCAGCCUCCGACGAGCUCUGCAACCGAGGAGAGUGAGGAUCUCUACAAGCACAAGUACAAGGGCGACCUUCUCCAAGUCGUCAACACUCCCGGCGGCUCCGACAAGACUUUAGCCUUGGCCACCCUCCUUGCGGAGCAGGAGGAGAUCCGCUCUCGUGCGGCGCAGCGGAGCGCGGGCAUCACGUUCGGCUGGUACACGCCCCCACCCUACUCGUGGUCCAGCCUCGCCUUCGCGCCUUCGCGUGACGACGGCCCCGACGGGAGGGACUAUGCCGACGGCGGCGGGUGGGGCCUCUGCUCCGAGAUGUGCCCCGCCGAAGAGGCGCAUGAGCGGCUUCGCAUCGCCCCAAACGCAAACCUGAUGGAGACGGACCCGAUCUCCGGCGAGCCCGCCGCAGCGUGGCUCGUGACGAUGUUCCACCGCAACGACGCGGCGCGCGUGUGGAAGCCCUCCGACAUACGCACCAUCACGGCGCUCGCGCUCUCCGUCGAGCACCUGCUGUGCGUCGUGCUGCCGCGCCGCUUCCCCGCCUACCCCGCCGGCCCAUGCCCCGCCGAGGCGGCCGCGUGGGAGGCGUCGGCCGACUCGGCUGCGAUCGGGUGGGAGGGGGUGCCGGGCGAGCCGCCGUUCAUCCGCGUCGCGUCCUUUGUGCGCGACCGGCUGCGCCAGAUCCGGCAGGAGCUGACGAUGCAGCAGCCGUCCUUCUCGAUCGAGGCGCGGCAGGUCGCGGUGGACCUACUCGAGCAGUGCACGCGCUUCCACAUCAUGGUCGAGCACCGCUGCUGCGAGCUCGGCGUGCGCAACUUGCCGCCCGACGACGCCAAGUUCGACUCGCGCAUGAACAUGCAGAUGUACACGCAGGCCCUCGCAGGGCUGCAGCAGCUGUACGAGAACCUGCGCCACCACGGAGUCCCUUGCCCAAACGAGGUCGAGUUCCAGGCCUACUACGUCGUCUCCGCCGCCGAUCCGGACGUGCUCUUCGGCCGGCUGGCGGAGCUGCCGCCGGAGGUGCUCUGCGCGCCGCUGAUGCAGCGCGCUCUGCGCGUGCACGCGGCGGUGCACGGCGGUGACUUUGGCGGCUUCUUCCGCGAGCUGAAGCGCGCGCCCUACCUGAUGGCGUGCCUGAUGCACAAGCACCUCGAGCACGUGCGCGGCGGCGCCAUCGCUGCCAUCAACCGCUCGCUCGCCCCCAAGCCCGGCUCGAGCGUCGAGCUUCCGCUGCUCGACCUCAGCCGCAUGCUGCUGCUCGAGGGGCGCGAGGAGGCGGCCCAGCUGUGCCGCCACUACGGGCUGCAGCUCAACGCGGCGGCCGAUGCGGUGCUCCUCACGGGCACCUCGCGCAUCCACCCGCGCACCGACGCGGAGGGGCACCCCGUGCUCACGCCGCUCUUCCGCCUCUCGCUGAUCGAGGCGAAGCGGCGCGACGUGCCCGUCUGCCGCCUCAUGAUGUCUCCCACUCUGCCUCCCGCGCUGCUCGCCCUUGCCGGCGAGGAGGCGGCGACCGCGGUGCUGCCCAGCCCGCGCGCGAUGCUCAACUCGCCAAACGCCACCGCCGCCGGCCUCGUCGACCGCACGCCGAGCGCCGCCGUCGAGGCCGAGCUCGCCGUCGACAGGCACUUUGUCGCGCGGCCGCCGCCGGCGAGCUCGUCGCCUCGGCCGGCGAGCUCGCCCCUGCUUUCGCAGCUGGCGCUGCUCCGCUCCUCGGCCGACCGGCCGAGCCGCGGCUCUCCGCUCGCCGCACCCGCACCCGCACCCUCGCCGGGCGGGCCGGUGGCGUGCGACAUGGCCACCGAGCUUGCCGCCGCGGUGUCCGCCGCGCGGAGGGAGAGGGAGGAGCUGGAGGUGCGGCUGCAGCAGGCGGCGCAGAUGCUGAUGUAGCUCGCCUUGUACGUCGAGAGGUAACCUCAUAUGCCC